AUGAAGACUUGCGCAGGAGAACCUUCCACGCAGAUUGACAGGUCUCUUCGGUUGCAUCAAGCCACGCAAGACUCUGGGCAUGAGUUUUGGGAGGGUGAUAAGAAGGCUGAUCUCCUGGCUUUGUUAGCACCGAUUCAUUACGAUCAUGUACUCAAACAGGCACCGCAGAGCUUCAAGAUGCAACUCUCCAACCUCCUCACCAUUGCCCUCGCCGGGUUGGCUGCUGCCUCCCCUGUUGAGCUGGUCGAGCGUCAGCAAAAGCUUCGCAUCAUGCCUCUUGGUGACUCCAUCACCGAAAUCGCCUGCUGGCGCGCCUUCGUCUGGGAUCAGAUCGCUGCGGCCGGCUUCGCCAACCAGGUCCAAUACGUUGGUUCUCAGAACUCCAACCCUCAGGGCUGCCGUCCUACGACCACGAACUGGGAUCAGCGCCACGAGGGUCAUUCCGGCUGGCUCGCGAUUGAUAUCGCCAACAACUACCUCGCCAACUGGCUCCGGAGCACACCGGCCGAUAUCGUCCAGUUCAUGCUUGGCACCAACGAUGUGUUCAGGGGGAGAAGCACCAAUGAUAUCAUUGCUGCCUACACCAAGAUGGUUCAGAUCAUGAGGGCGGCGAACCCUAAGAUGAAGAUCAUUGUCGAUCUUGUCAUCCCGCUCGGCGUUGGUUCCAACUCGGGUAUCCAGGCCCUCAACGCCCGCAUCCCCGCCUGGGCUGCUGGCCUCAACACCACCGAGAGCCCCAUCGUCAUUGCUGACUGCAACACCGGCUACAAGACUUCCGACCUGCGUGAUGGUGUCCACCCUAGCAUUGCUGGUGAUCAGUUCCUCGCCACCAAGAUUGGACCGCCUCUUCUCAACUAUAUCAGAGAGUCGCUGGCUGGUAACUAG